AUGAUGACUGGAAGCACCGACGGCAAAAUAAUGGUCAGGAGAUGGCUAGUGACGUUCAAGCCGUUCAGGAUAUUCGUGGUGGGAAUAGGCUUCUUCAGCCUGUGCUUUCUAAUGACUUCUCUUGGGGGGCAAUUCUCAGCCAAGAGACUGGGGGACUCCCCUUUCACCAUCCGUACAGAAGUGCUGGGAGGUGUGGAGUCGCGUGGUGUACUGAGGAAGAUCAGUGACAUGCUGGAGGUGAUUCUGAAGCGAAUGGACAGCCUUGCCAAGUUGGACAACGCCACAGCUGCCGAUACAAGACGACUGGAUGAGCUUAGCUCUUCAAUCAACAAGUUUCAACCAGCCAGCCUGAUGGAUAUGAUCCAGACUAUUGCCCAGAAUGUCUCCAACAUUGCAGUCAGAGUGGAGCAGAUACUGCAAACCAGCAUCAUGCAAGGCAAAGCAGGACGAGAUGGGACGUCAAGCCAGUGUGAAGUCCCCAAAGACCCAAGAUAUCCAGAGUGUCCUGGUAAAGUAGAUUGGAUGCGAGCACGCUGGACCUCUGACCCUUGCUACGCUUUCUAUGGCGUUGAUGGCUCCGACUGCUCCUUCCUGGUCUACUUGAGUGAAGUGGAGUGGUUCUGCCCCCCGCUGGCCUGGAGGAAUCACAGCAGUCAGCCAAACCUCCAAAAUGUCCACCAUAUUCAGCAGCCUAAGGGGACCAAGAGAACCGCUGCCUUCCGUACAGAUCUGUCUAUGUUACUCGACCAGAUUGGCGCAGGAAAGGAGUCUUUGAGCUUCAUGAAGCGUAGAAUCCGUCGUCUCGCACCGCAGUGGGCGACAGCUGCAUACCGCCUUGACGCUAAGCUACAACAUCGGUGGAGGGACCAGAAAAAGAUCCUAAUCCACGUUGGGUUCCUAACAGAGGAGUCUGGCGAUGUUUUCAGCCCCAAGGUGCUUAAGGGAGGUCCUCUCGGAGAGAUGGUCCAGUGGGCUGAUAUUCUUACCACACUCCACGUAUUGGGACACAACCUCAAGAUCUCCAUGUCUGUCAAGGAGCUUCAGAGCUUCCUGGGUGUGCCCCCCGGCCGAGGCAGUUGCCCACUGACUGGCCCGCUGCCUUUUGACCUCCUCUAUACGGACUACCAUGGCCUGCAGCAGAUGAAGCAGCACAUGGGGCUCUCGCUCAAGCGACACAAAUGUCACAUCCGAGUGAUUGACACUUUUGGGACGGAGCCAGCUUACAACCACGAGGAGUACGCCACUUUGCACGGCUACCGUACCAACUGGGGCUAUUGGAACCUGAACGCCAGGCAGUACAUGACCAUGUUCCCUCACACGCCAGACAACUCCUUCAUGGGAUUCGUGUCAGAGGAGCUGAAUGACACGGAGAAGAGGAGCAUCCAGCAGAGCAAAGUCAACAGCAUGGCAGUAGUGUAUGGGAAGGAAGCCAGCAUGUGGAAGGGCAAAGAAGGUUUCCUUCAGAUCCUUCACAAGUACAUGGAGGUCCACGGCACAGUGUACUACGAGACCCAGAGACCUCCAGAGGUCCCGGCCUUUGUCAAGAACCACGGCCUGCUGCCCCAGCACGAGCUGCAGCAACUGCUGCGCAAAGCAAAGCUCUUCAUCGGCUUUGGUUUUCCCUACGAAGGCCCCGCCCCCCUGGAAGCCAUAGCCAAUGGCUGCGUCUUCUUGCAACCAAAGUUUAAACCGCCUCAUAGCUCGCUCAAUCACGAAUUCUUUAAAGGCAAGCCCACGUCAAGGGAAGUGUCGUCCCAGCAUCCGUAUGCGGAGCAAUACAUCGGACGUCCUCACGUCAUGACGGUGGACUACAACAACUCUGUGGAGUUUGAAGCUGCUAUCAGAGAAAUUAUGAGGACCAAGGUCGUACCGUACCUACCUUAUGAGUACACUUGUGAGGGCAUGCUGGAGCGAGUGCACGCCUACAUACAGCAACAGGACUUCUGUGCCCCCGAGCCACCGUUUGUCGCCGCCAACGUGUCCAAACAAGGCUCCGCUGGCACUGGCGGCCUAACGAGGCCUCUCUUUACACCCCUGCCUAACUCCACAGCUCUGGGCUGGGCGCCCGACGCGACCUAUGCCCCAAGCGCCUGGCCUCCGCUCAGCUCACUGAGACUGCUUGUGUCUCAAGAAGGCGAGUCGUGUGUGGGGGCGUGCCGGAGCCACGGCUUCAUCUGUGAACCGGCUCACUUUCGCUUCAUAAACAACAAGGAGGCUCUGCGCAGGUUGGAGGUGCAGUGCGAAGUUCUGGAUUCGGAGAUGAACCACAUCCUCCCGGCCUUCUCUGUGUUACGGCGCGAGUGCGGCCUCCAGCGGGAGCCGCUGCUCUUCAGCUGUGCCGGCCAGUCGCCCAAGUACAGACGUUUAUGCCCCUGCAGAGACUUCCGGCGUGGCCAGGUGGCGCUGUGCAGGGACUGUCUCUGA